AUGUCAUCUCCCACAAUGUUUAAACAAAGCUACACCAGGGAAGCUUCCGGCUCCAGCUCCCACGAGAAACAGUCCCUGAGCUUCGGCCACAAGCAGUCGGUGGCUUCCCACUCUCCCCCUUCGCGCAGACGCAAGUCCUCCUUCACUACGUCAUCCUCCCCGUACGCUCGCAGACGCUCAUUCCUGUCUAAAUCUAUGCUUGACAACGACAACUUCCAGAUAUAUGAGCUGUCCUCUUCGGCACCGUCGGCGUGCUUUGUGUCGGAAGAGAACGGCUCGCGGGCCAGAAUCCCUUCCUUUUCAAUCAACCUCACCCAGUCACAGGGUUUCAUCUGGAACCAGGACUUGUUCGCGUCGUCGUACCAGCAAGUCCGAGCCGGGCUCAACCCGGACGAGUUCCAGGAGGGUUCCAAGAGCGUCGAGGUGGUAGACAUCAUUCUUGACGACGACACAGAUACCGAGAACCUGGCUGGGUCGCAGAAAGAGCCGGGUCGCGAGAAGAAAGGCCACCAGGAGUCGCACGGGGCCGGCUGCGACGACGAGAGCAUUUUUCCGGUUGACUACUAG